AUGGCGAGCCUAUGGCGAGCCGCGACGGGCCAGACGGAGAAGCCCAACGACUACGACGGAGUGGAGUUCUGGUUAAACCCUGAACGCACCGGCUGGUUGACCAAGCAAGGCGAGUACAUAAAGACGUGGCGUCGCCGGUGGUUCGUGCUCAAGCAAGGCAAGCUCUUCUGGUUCAAGGACUCAACCGUCACCCGCGGCUCCAGCCCACGUGGCGUGAUCCCAGUGGCUUCCUGCCUCACAGUAAAGGGAGCCGAGGACGUCCUCAACAAGCAGUACGCGUUCGAGCUGUCCACGCGCUCCGACACCAUGUACUUCAUCGCCGACUCGGAGAAGGAGAAGGAGGACUGGAUCAACUCGAUCGGACGGUCCAUAGUGCAGCACUCGAGGUCCGUCACCGACUCCGAGGUCGUCGAUUACGAUAGCAACAAGUGA